UUUACACGAAUGUAAAUUUUAUUACAUUUCAGUGUCAAAAAUGACACUGGCUUUGUUUAAUAACGUCUUGGUAUUUACAUUUUGUCAACUCCUAUUAAAUAUCUGAACAUCGUAAAUAAAAAGUAGGUGCAUUGUCUCUUCACUUCCGAUCGAUAAUUUGUAAUUUCUACUGUUGCCGCUUCCUGCAUCGUGUUGCACCUAAAAAAUCAAAAGAUGGCUCGUGCUCGUCCCGGUAUGUGCAACAUACGUCGACGUGUCACUGUAGAACAGCUGCGCGUACUGUUCGAGUCAGUGGAAGAAGACCCAGCCCUCUACUCUUCUGGACGGGCCGACAUGUCCUUUGCCACAGUUCAAAAAUGGACGACGCUUGCCGAAGUCCUGAACAACAUUCCUGAAGGCGCUGCUCUAACCGCCAUGAAUUGGAAGUUGGUGCUUCGCUACUGGGGCGAAAAUACUAAAAGGCGUAUGAAGUCCGGCAAAACCAACUUUCUGAAGAGCAAGAGAGUUGCCUUCCUCUCUCACGGGGAAAUAGAGGUCUUACAAGACCUGGAAAAGAGGCUGUACGAGUUCAUGAAGCAGGAGGAGGCCAAGGAGGUUAUCAACCUGAAUGAACGUGUUAUCAAUAUGGAUGCUUACGAGAUUCGUCCAAGAAGGAGUCUUCGUAUCUCAAGCCGUAACAUUGACCCUGAUGAUGACGUCGACUCCGGCAUGGCGAUGCAAAUAAACUAUGAAACCGCUAAAACUUUGCACGAGAGGCAGCUCGAUUUCAUAGCCAAUGAUACGAGUGAGGACUUAGCUGGAGCUCCUCAGCAGCAGAUCUUGGCUCGUCAGUUGGACCGUCUGCAGACAGUAUCCCGUGAGCUGGAGGACCAUAUCGCUACCGUGCAGAACCGGAUCCAUCUCAUUAAGGAUAUGUGGAUGCACAACUGCGAUCAGAGUCACUAAAUCGGAUGGGUGGGAUAUAGCGGAGUGAUCAGGGUUGUAGGAAAGAACGAAAAGUGAUUAUAGGCUACACAUUGAAUGAAUAGCAUGGAAUGCUACAUUAGGAAUGAAUGAGGUGGAAAGCGUUUCACAGGGGCGAUUGCCAAAUUUACUCGUAAUAAAAUUUAUAAUAUUUUUGAAUGUCGUAGUAGAAAGUCUUACAGUAAUCGAAAAUGUUUAUGAUGUUUAGAUCGUAAGUUUUUUCUAAACGAUUUCCGUUUCGUUUUGUGCCAGUAUUUUUUAUUUAGGCGUGAAAUGCCAUAGACAUCGUCUACCUUCUGCCUUCCUUUGAACUCAUAAAUAAAGAUACUUAUUAUCUUUUUAAUCCAUUUCGGCCAGGCUAUACGAAAUUUCUGUGAUAUUAUUUUAUUAUUAUUGAGUACGUUACAUAAUAUGUUUUAUGAUUAAUUUAUACAAGAUAUAUUAUUAUACCUAACCUAAAUAUUAAGUUCUUAUUAAAAUCAUUAUUUAUACCUAAGUAUAUGGUAGUUUUAAGAAGUAAAGUCCUGCUAUAUUUCCCGUCGUGACAUCGUUACUAAAGCGGCAAAGAUUUCGAAAGAACAUCACCAGUUAAACCAGCUACUCACAAAGUGAGGCUAAAUAGCUGCUCAUUGCCAAACUUACAAAGUAUAAGCAAAGUAUAAUGUGGAGAAAUACUUACUUACCUACGAGCAAAAACGUAGGCAUCUAGAAUAAGCAUCUGUUGCUAUGGCGGGAAUUUUAUCCGUAUUUAUAAUUAGUUAUAAAUUAGUACUUUAAGGUGGAAACCAAAGAAUUAGUGUCUAUGUAUUACCAUGGAGAAUUGAAGGAGUACCUAUGUAAUUAGUAUCGUGGACUAAUGGAUUAUUGUAUUGUUAAUCCAUGGUAUUAUUAUAAGGAUCCUAUGGCUAUACAUCGUUUCAAAAAGAUGAUCGGAGAUUCAGAGUAGGGAGACUGUCAUAUAAGGCAGAUUGUUUUUUUCUGUAGACAGAAGAUCAGUUGGCAAAAGGCAUCCGUUUAUCUAUGUAUAAUUACUGUCGUAAAAUCGAUGUACCCCGUAAAAUAUGAACUACAGAUAAUAAAUCCCUCGAUAGAUAAAGCACCUAUCAAUUUCACUUUAUAUAUUUCAUGCAAAAAAUGUGUAAUUUAGCGUCAAAGUGUAGAGAUCAUGUCAAAUUGUCGUGUAGUGUUAUUGAUAAUACAUGCUUAGGUAGGUAUACAUUAUAAUCUCAUUAUUUUUAGGAGUAGAAUACAGAACCCGAACCCGAUAUUAAAAACAUUUCGAAAUAUGAAUCAUUUAUACAUUUGAUCUAUUGAUUUUUUUGUAUAUCAUAUUAUUACAAUUAUAUUGUUAAAAAUAAGUAGCUGUCUUAAACUACAUAGGAUGUGCAUGUACACCCGGCCACACAUCAAUCUAUACAAAACCAGUGUAUCCUGGUGUCGCGUCGCAUCAUCUUUCCGCACAUUUAACGUCCAGUUUAUACUGGAUAUGUAAAGCUUGAUGUGUAGCCGUGUGUACCUAUGAUUUAAUUUCGUUUACAAUGAACGCGCACUUGAUUGUACCUACAAUAGUUCGGUAGUGUUUGCACACAAAUGUAAUUGUAACCAUAAUCAAUAAUGUAACUUUUAAGAUAUCAAUAAAGUAUACCUAAACAUAA